GCCAGAGAAACCACAGCCGCAGCAGAAGUACACAGACUUACAGGUUUGACGGAAUUAGUGAAACAUAUACAGUAGGUGUUCGCCGCAGACCUUGGAGACAAGAUGACAACAAUGGCUACACCAAUCAGAAACCCCGAGAUCAGAUUUAAACAUCUGUUUAUCAACAAUGAAUGGGUAAACGCUGCCAGCGGAAAGACAUUUCACGUCCUCAACCCGGCCACUGGAAAGAAGACCGUUGACGUACAAGAAGGUGACAAGGCCGAUGUUGACAGGGCUGUUGCUGCGGCGAAAAAGGCGAUAGAGACCGGAUCUGUAUGGCGCAAUAUGGAUGCCAGUGACCGAGGACGCCUACUAAACAGACUGGCUGAUCUUAUAGAACGGGACAGGCUCUACUUGGCAAGCCUUGAGACUCUGGAUUGUGGCAAACCUUUCACUGACUCGUACAACACUGACAUGGUCCUUGUGAUGAAGUGUAUCAGGUACUACGCUGGCUGGACUGACAAGAUCUGUGGCAAGACUAUUCCCAUGGACGGCGAGUAUUUCUGCUACACCAAGCAUGAACCCGUGGGAGUUUGCGGUCAGAUUCUUCAUUGGAAUUUCCCUCUCCUCAUGAUGGCCUGGAAGCUUGGUCCUGCUCUAGCCUGCGGUAACGUGGUUGUCCUUAAACCGGCCGAGCAGACCCCACUCACCGCUCUUUACACAGCCUCGCUCAUCAAGGAGGCUGGAUUUCCCCCUGGUGUAGUGAACGUGAUUCCAGGCUAUGGACCAACAGCAGGCGCCGCUAUUUCGGAACACUACGACAUCGACAGGAUCGCUUUUACAGGAUCUACCGAGGUAGGACAGAUUGUGAUGCAGGCCGCUGCACGUACCAAUCUCAAGAGGGUUACUCUGGAACUUGGAGGGAAAAGUCCCAAUGUCAUAUUUGCUGACGCCGAUGUGGACAGAGCAGUGGAAACAUGCCAAAAUGGACUCUUCCUCAACAUGGGACAGUACUGCUGUGCCGCAUCCAGGACUUACGUCCACGAGGAGAUCUAUGAUGUCUUCAUCAGGAAACUGGUAGAGAAGGCCAAAUCACGGGUGGUCGGGGAUCCUUUCGAUGUUAGGACCAUAUGUGGACCCCAGAUUGACCAGGAGCAAUUCGACAAAGUCAUCGCCCUGAUAGAAAGCGGAGUGCAGCAGGGAGCCAAACUAGAAUGUGGUGGCAAGCGUCAAGGUACCGUGGGAUACUUCGUCCAGCCGACAGUGUUCUCUGGUGUCACGGAAGAAAUGCGCAUCGGCAGAGAGGAGAUUUGUGGUCCCGUAAUGCAAGUCACCAAGUUCAGAACUAUGGAUGAUGUCGUACAGCGGGCAAAUAGAACAAAUUACGGAUUGGCUGCCGGUAUCUGCACCAAGGACCUUGACAAGGUCAUGACCUACAGCAACCAUGUCAGAGCCGGAACAAUCUGGGUGAAUUCCUUCAAUGUGUUUGGUGCCCAGUGUCCAUUCGGAGGAUUCAAGAUGUCUGGUAUUGGACGAGAACUGGGCGAGUAUGGUUUACACGAGUAUUCAGAACUCAAAACGGUCAUCAUUAAAACUCCAACCAAAUUUUGACGUGUUUUGUGAAGAACCAUCCCAUGUGAAGUAGGAUUUUACCUAUCCCAUAUUGGACAAUAUGUGUGUUGAUUACCUGGAGUUAUCGAACCUGUAUUGAAAACAUGGAGUUAUCGAUCCUGUGUUGGACAAUACGUGCACUGUGCCUUCUAAAUUAGUUCAAACAUGACGUCACUGAUGUUGCUUGUUUCCGGACUCUACUUAUAUACUGUUUGUUAGAUAUAUACUCCUUACCCUUUUUACUUAUUAAUAAAGCAAUGUUAAACAAAUUUCAA